AUGAACGUCUUCUCUAUCGACGUGGAAGACCUAUUUUAUUCCAUUCCUCAAGAGGUCCUUCUCCCCGAGGUGCAAGAAGUGAUCGACAGGUCUGGAAUCAUCGCAUUCCAAAACAACACAGGCAUGGCGACGUCGGCUUUCAUGGAGCUUCUUACAGCAUAUCUGUCUUCAACCAUCAUCAGGCAAGCAGAUCAGCUCUUCAUACAAAAGAGUGGGACACCCAUCGGUUCAGGACUUUCGCCCGUGCUGUGUGAUAUAUAUCUCGGCGCCUGUGACGUUAACGUCAACCGGGCUCUCGAAGGGACCUGUGACUUUCAAAUUUUCCGGUACGUGGAUGACUUUCUGGUCUUUUUUCGUGGAGUGACAAGUAGUAACCCCAUAUCAAAAGAGGACGUCCUAAAUACAUUCAGGACGUGCGCAAAGGGCCUCAAUUUCACAUACGAGAUCCCCGUGGAUGGGACCAUUCACUUGCUUGACCUUCGCCUACAUGACGCGGGUCUCCAUAUGUGCUGGGCAUAUGAUCCCAGGUUAAGGAAGGAAGUGCUCCCGUACAAGUCAGCCCACUCCAAGAUCGUCAAAAGGGGAAUUGUCAUGAACGCCCUAGACUCAGCCCUUGCCAGGUCAUGCGAGCACUGUGUUACGGACAGUUUUCACGCACAGGUAGCAAAGAUACGAAAGGGUGGCUACCCAGAGGUGAUGAUAAUAAAAGUGGCCGAGACAUUGCUGAAGAAGAUCAAAGGGAGCGCGAAGCCAGCGAGACCGCGACCUCCGGGUCGACCCGUGUGUAUCCCCUACGUUCACGCCAUAGCCCACAAUAUAAAAAACGUCGCCAGUAGGCAUGGCGUUCCCGUCGUCAUGUCAGCACACGUCAAGUUCAGUUCCCUGUGCGCCAAGGUCAACCGACCGAAGAAGAAACAAGGGUGUGCCAUCCAACAUAGGAACCCACAUGUAGAAUGCCAACAACGAGUGGUCUACCGGAUCCCACUGCAGUGCGGACGCGUUUACAUAGGGCAAACCGGAAGAUGUCUUAACGUCAGACUUCAAGAACAUGGGGCAUCCAUUAAGAAAACACCAUCCGGGCACCUCGCUUUGCACUGUCGGGACUGUGGGUGCAAACCAGACCUCGCGCGAACAGAUGUACUAUCAGUACACAAUGAGCAGCUAACAAGGGAAAUAGUAGAGGCAUUUUUUAUUACGAAACACGACGAUGAUGAAUGCGUAAGCGCUCCGUCACUGAGCCUCUCCCCCGCGGAGAUAAGUUAUCUCGGGAACACGUUGCAGUGUAACCCGAUGGUGUCAUGUGACUAG